UUAAUUUUUAAAAAACAUUCCCGGGAAUUUUUCCCCAGCCAAAUUCCCUAAACUUUGCGGGAACGAUUUUUUGUGCCCGAGAUUUUGCGGGCAAGAAAAAGUAUUCCCGAGAAAUCUCGGGAAAGAAUACUCAUUUUCUAUUCGUUGUUGAGAAGGAAAUAUGACGUGAAAAUGUAACAUUUUAUUUAUUUUAUGAUAAUCGAAAAGCAUCAAAUCGCAUCUGUGUUUGCAUUAUAAAGUUUUUCUAAGUUUUUAACUUACCUUUUUUCUCCUUAAAUUUCUCUGAAACGUAUAAUCUAAAAUGUCUGAUCAAAUAAACAGAAACACUGGUGGCGGUCCUUCCAACAACGAUUCCGCAGAUAAAGCCUUGAUAGAACCAAAACUACACCUGGUCAAAUUAAGGCUAUGAUUGGUUUCUUUGAGAGUAAUCAAGACCUUUUUAAGAUAUAUCUUGGUGGACAAAAGUCGUCCGCUCCUUCAGCUGGUAGUCAGAUAAAAAAAAGAGAGAUCAUUGAGAGAUUGUUUCAGCAACUUCUGGCAGAUAAAGUAAUUCCGUCUUCCUGGAAUUUCAAAUCGGUUGGAAAACGUUUUGAACGCCAACUCGCAAAGUAUCGCGAUGUAGAAAGAGAUAUGAACUCUACCGGUUUUGGCUUGACUACAGAUGACAUUAAACGUGGACUGACCUCCAUCGAGAUCAAGUGUGAACAUUUGUGUGUUGGAUUUUCUCGUUUGGCUUCUCUGCAUGGUGUUAGACCAAACAUAACUCCUUUCUGUGUGGCUUUCCAUGGUGCCCCUGGUGGUACCGAGUACACAUACUCCAACAGAGUAAGGCCAUCAUUAGCUGCAAUUGAGGCACAAACUUUUGCAGUUUUUGGUGGUCAACAAGAGGCGAUUGAAGAGGUCAGUCGAUUGUUGGUUGGAAGUGAUGCAGCUGAAUCUUCAACAAGAUCAUCUGCUUCUCUUUCCUCUGGUGCUCCUUUGGCUGCUGGUGCUCCUUUGGCUGCUGGUGCUCCUUUGGCUGCUGGUGCUCCUUUGGUUGCUGGUGCUCCUUUGGCUGCUGGUGCUUCUCUUUCCUCUGGUGCUCCUUUGGCUGCUAGGUCUUUGUCUGUUGCACCUGUGUCUACUGAGCGUUCUUCCUCUUUCCGUUUUUCUUCUGUUGGGCCAUUCUCAAACGAACCUCUCUCUUUCCCUCGUCCUGCUUUUGGUGAAGCUUCGUCUGGCCAGCCGUCAUCUGUAGAAGUACCAGCUACCAAUGUUGCUUCUUCUCCUCUGUUGGUUCCAUCUAAUACCCAGCCAUCAAGUCGCACACCAUUAUUUGAAUCAUCAUCAGAGAAUAAUUUGUUCGAUUCCUUUUCUUUUGAUGAUGGUGGAGAUUUUGAUGAUGCUGGGUCGUAUCAUGCUGUGGACCAUGACAACGAUGUCAACAGUGGUAGUGCUGCUCGUGCUGGUGGUGGUGUUGGUGCUGGUGUUUCUGGUGUUGCUGGUGGUGCUCGUGCUGGUGCUGGUGGUGGUCGUGCUGGUGCUGGUGCUGGUGCUGGUGCUGGUGCUGGUGCUGGUGCUGGUGGUGCUCGUGUUGCUGGUGUUCGUGGCGGUGCUGGUGCGGGUGCUGGUGUUGGUGGUCGUGGUCGUGUUAGUCGCGCUGGUACCGUUCAGCCUGAAAUGCCAACGGCUGAUCGCAUCCGUGUUGAUCCCGAUCACGCCAUGAGAAACAAGAGGAUCAAAAGAGACUUUUCUUCUGAGUAUCGCGAGGCUCAGUUGAGAAGGGACGAAGUAUUGAGGGAAAAUAGUCAGAGGGAGUUCGAUUUGGGUAUGUCCCAAUUGCUUGUUACUUGUCUGACAACGAACGCCUUCAAUACAUCGUCAUUUACGGAAAUUACCAGACAUCUGGCUGAUUUUCGUAGAUCUCUGAGGGAUCCUGUCGAUGAUGAUGAUGUAUAUGAUGAUACAGAGUAUCUUUACAAUCUUGAUAAUGAUGAAGAUGAGCACGACGACGGUAAUCCUUCAACAGAUGUAGAUUAA